AUGGCCCGUCCAAGCUGCUCCCACAGCUUCAAAUUGAUCAAGUCCGACACCACUCUCGUCGUUUGGACCUGCAACUUGUGCCACAGCGGGCCCUUCACGUCCAUCUACCAAUGCGAUCAGUGCAAGCUCAAGACGUGCCAGCCCUGUGCCUCCAAAGCAUGA